AGUCGGAGUUCGGCUCCCACAACGCGCGCUUCGUGGCCACUCCACUGACUUGUCCCAUCAGAGAACUGGUCCAUGCUCUGACAGAAAAUAUCAUUUAGUAUCGAAGAUCUUGGAACAACUUGCAUAGUGUUCGUUGACCUUCGUUGCAUCGAAUUAUUCGAUGCGAAAAACAUUUUCUAAGGAUACAAAAAGACUUUCGAAUCUACUUCGCAAUUGUGUUUUGUUAUAAUUUUGAUAGUGUUUAUAAUUAAAGUAAAAAAGAGAGAAAACAUAACAUUAUCGCUGGAAGAAGUUGAUACGAGGAAGAAAUGUGUGGCAAGCAGUAUCGUCGAGAUAUCGAAGACAGACAAUGAUCGACACUUGAAAGGUGUGCCAUUCUUCGGAGGAAAGGGAGGCGGGCGCAUAAGGAUGCGCUUACGCAGGAAACGGUGCAUGUCCCGGUGACGCUACAGAAACUUGGAGCCAUACAGAGCCAUACAGAGAUAACCACGGAAGUACGGAUGACGCGAUGAGACUGAGCCCGAUUAUCUUGUCGUGGGCCACAGCGAGCUGGCUCGGUCCAACCGGAACUACGGCGAUACGAGCUCAAGCCUCGAAGGACUACGAGUUGUCAACUGAAUUCUUCCUGGUACCUAGCGACGUAGCGAUGGACAAGAACGGUCUGGCCAGUGUAGCGAGUGUCAUCAGCGUUCCAGCACCGAACAGGACGGUUUCGGUGUUCAAAAUGCCUCCUGGAAAGAAGAACCAGGAGAUCGAGGUCGAUACUCGGCCGUACUCGAGGUCCUUGCUCAGACAACGACCCUGGGCUCUUCCUCUGGCGGCCCUCAGCGCAGCCACGAUGCUCCUCAUGGCUGGCUUCGAGGUUUUCGUACUGCUCAAGGCAAGGGUAACCGCGCCAAACAGACGACAUUUAUUUCUGGGACAAGCUCUACUUUUAGGCCUUUUCCUCCUGGCAGGACUAUCAGCAGCAGCCUCCCUCAGUCAAAACCCUCUGUCCUGCGCUGCAUUUAGAUUAGUCGGCUUACCUGCUGCUCUUGUAUUUGCAGCCUUGCUGGUUAAAUGCGUGUUCCUGCUCUCAUUAAAUAGUGGAGUUUAUCUACCAGCACCUUAUCAAGCACUAGUAUUGGGAUUCGCCGUGCUCGUGCAGGUAGCUAUCAUUGGACAAUGGUUUUACGGCGAACCACCUACGGUGGUUCAGGUACAAAAUACAGGACAAAACUCUCCAAUGUCCUGUUGCAAAACUCCUCUUGGACAGAUAGUGGCUUCCCUCGGAUAUCCGGGCGCGCUGUUGGUUGCAGUAGCUUGUUUAGCAGUUCGAGCACGCGGCGUUCGAGACAACAACCGGGAAGCAGCAUUUAUUGGCUUGGCUGUUGGUUUAUCGCUUCCGAUUUGGAUAUCGAGUGCGAUCGGUUCAGUGGCUGCCUCGACGGAGAGUGACAGAGAAGCCUGGCUAGCUUAUGGUUUAUUGACUACUUCCCUUCUCGUGUUCCUGACGAUGUUCCUGCCGAAGGGUCGGCAGUUAGCUGCCCUCGGUCGAGAAGCUUCCGCAACGGUGAUUCGUGAUCGAGACGAUGCUUUGAGCUCGCUUCCUGGCAGCCGUUACUCGCCUUCCUUCUUCCACUUCAAGCCAGCUGAAGCUUCUUUAAAGAGAAAGAUGCAUUAUCACAGCGGCGAUCGCGUGGCAUUAGUUUCAUCCGCUAUACCUGGAUGCACUGCCUGCAGGCAUGGUGGAAGCCCCAUAUACUCCGACGAUGUUCAUGCACCGAUGGAGACGUUCGUCUUACCACCAGGCAUGUAUUUGAGGCCGGAAGACGCAGGAAAUUUGUACACGACUCUAUCAGCAAAUCCGAACGUAUUCUUUCAACGAGCAGCUCAUCCCGGGAUGAUGUAUUGAUAAUUUUCCAGACACACAUUCAAAUAAAUGUCCAAUAAAAGGACUGCUUUUCUACAUUCUUAGAUUAGAUAACCACGAGGCGGACUUCGUUUUCUGUUCGCUUGCUUUUGUUAUUGCAAAUAAUGAAACGUGUAAGCUUCGUUGGAGAUCCUUUUAUUAGCUUCUCUCAUUGUGGAAGCUACGCACGAUUAUUUCGAUAACAAAUCAAAAUAUAGCAACUGGAGGCGAAUUUCGCAAGAAAUUAUAAUAAAGGUACGAUCCAUUUUUUACAUGUCUUUCUUUUCAUCAUUAUACCUUGAUUAUCGAGAUUUCAAUAAUACCCACAAGGAAGAUCAUGCGAAUAACGCAUUGACGAAACUGCUGCCCUUCUCUAUAUUAAAAUUCAAUCGUACAUUACAUUGAAAACAAUUCUUCGUUUCUUUCUUAUCAAUGACUCAUUUCCUCGCGAUUAUCAUCCUUGCAGCUCUUUCUUAUUGAGGCGCAGUUAGUUUUAGAUUAUACCGCGCAGUGGAACAAAUCUAAAAACUUGACAAAUUAUUUAAAGAAUCCCAGAUAUAUAGUUAUGUUUUAUAACAUAAUAUUUACACUUUCUACCUAAAUGCGAUGGUGACAGUAAACGACAGGUUGCUUUCUUGACGUCACAUGGUUAGGUGUGGUUGAGGGGAGAUUGCUUUCUUCACAGCACGCUCGUCCGUGCAUCACAGAUGUUAAUG